CUUGCUAGAUCAUCUCUUCCCCGGCUGUUUGACUGCGGCACCACCAUGGCAAGCUAUUCCCGCUACCUGCUCCGCAUGCUGCCCGUGCGCCGCUGGCCACUGCAUGGCUUUGGCCCCAUCUGGCUCAGUGGGCCGCAAUCGGCUGGCGAGGCCCUCUGGCCGGCAGCCGGGCAAAGCCUCGUCGACCGGGUCGCAGCUGACGUGGAGAGGCAGUUCGUGGAAAUGGAGGCGAUGAGCAGGGCCUUCUUCCAGGCCUCGCCGCUGCAGAAGUUCCUGCGGGAAGCGUCGCCGGAGGAGAGCGUGGCUCGGGACGGCGAGGCGGGCGGAAAGUUUCGCCUCUCGGUGGACGUGGCUGGCUUUGCACCGGAGGACGUGGCUGUGCAGCUGGACGGCAGGAAGCUGACGGUGACCGCCAAGCGGCUGCAUGAGAACACAAGCGAGGAGGGCGGCUGCGUGAGGGAACACCAUGAGGUGCACCGCGAAACUCUCCUCCCCGCCGACGUGGACCUCCAGGCCAUGACGUGCUCCCUGGCAUCCGACGGGCAGCUGUGCAUCGAGGCCCCUCGUCUGGCUACGGCAAAAGCCAUCCCCAUCGACGUGAAGGCGGCCGACCAGCAGGUUCCGGGAACCAGCGCAGAGAAGGACCCGGAGAAGCCGCAGGAGGCUUGAAAAGUGUGGACGUUUUGGGCACGCACCGGCUACUGCGGGAAUUAGUGCGACAUCUUAGCUCGGCUCCCCAUUCAAAAGAGCGUUUCCCGGGAUUGACUGCCUUGACUAAUAUUUCCAAUUUAUUAAUCGCCUUCGAAAGCGAUGUACGCUUCUUUUCCUUGUGUGCAAUUAAAAAUUGUGUGUCUUAUUUUUUCCACGUUAAUCGCCAAAGUGAUUUAUGCUUCUGUUCCUUAUCCACAAUAAAAAUGGUGUUUUAUUUUUGCA